AUGUCUCUCCUUGGAAAGAAGUUCCCCGGUCUCCUGGGCAAGCCCAUGACUCCCUUCUUCGCCGCCGGUACGCUACCCAUCUAUUAUUCGUCCAUGCCGCCAUGUCCCGGAUCUGAAUAUGGACUCAACAUUCGAUCUCUGGUCUUGGCCGAUGAACCCGCCCGUGCCAUCGUCCUUUACGGCGUCAACUCUCUGCAGAACGUUCUCUCCAACACUGCCGAGUUCAAGAACGACCCUCGCAACCCCAACGCCAAGUCUGGUAACGCCGGCCACUAA